AUGGAAGACAUAUUCGUGACGACAAAAUUCAAAUCAACCAAUGUCUCUGUCCCGUCGCCGACGGCAACACACGUUGCUUGCCUCAACGGCGCUCGCUUGCAGAUACGAUGUCUCACCACGCUGGAAAUUGUCCAGAGCAUAGCGAUACCUUCUAGUCAGAAUCUGAGAAGCUCAAAGAUCGCCUGGUCGCCUCCUACUACACCGCCAUUAGCGACCUCGAUCUCGAGCCGUUCACCCAACUCAACACCUCCCCGCCGAUCGUCGCGUACACCACGCCCCUGCUCGAACCGUGUCCUGCUAUCCGAUCAUGACACAACACGCGUAUACGAUCUUCGAGACGAGAGGUGGAACGCCAUCAUUAGCAAUGGCUCAGGCGGCAUGGGCAAGAACGUACACGCCGAGUUUGGCGCCAAUGAGGAUGAAGUACUUGUCUGGAGUGACUUCACCGCAUCCGUCAAGAUAUGGUGUCUGAAAACUGGGAGAGCCGUGGAGAUACGUGACCCCAAGUUUCUGGGUAAAGACGGCAAGGGGUGGGGAUAUCGCCCUUCUGAGGAUACAGAGGCAGGCGCGGGAAGGAGAAGAGGUGGUGUUUUGGCUCUACUAUGUCGCGUAGCAGGCGCUGAUAUUCUACUUCUUUUGGCGCCGGGUACAUACAAGCUUCUCAAUCGUGUAGAGUUGACAACUUCAGACGCAGCGGGCCUCAGAUGGAGCCGUGACGGCCGCUGGUUGGCCGUCUGGGACACGGCCUCUGCUGGUUAUAAACUGCACAUCUACACUGCCGACGGACAUUUGUAUCGCACCAUAACCCGCGAACCCUCGGACGACGUUAGCGAGUGGCAUGUUGAGGGCUUGGGUAUCAAGACACUCGAAUGGCUACCCGGGAACCAACGUCUGGCAGUUGGUGGGUGGGACCGUCGCGUUCGCAUCCUCUCUACACGUACCUUCGCACCCAUCGUCUUCCUCGACCACACACCUGUCAUCGAUGUACCUAGUGCGCCGGUAUACAGCGAACAUGUCGACGGCCAAGGCAAUCGCAGCUAUACGACCACUCAGCAGCCUGUGACCCCUCCGAAAGCUGCCUUGGAUAAGAAUGAAACAGGGCUCAUGAAGCAAGGCAUCGGCAUGUUGACUUUCAACGCAGACGGCACGUUGUGUGCAACACGCGACGACAGCACGCCGUGUACCGCGUGGAUAUGGGAUCUGACAAGUCUCCGACCGCGCUGUAUAUUAAUCCAAUACAGUCCUAUUAGGAACCUGCUCUGGCACCCUACCGAUCCGCAUCGUCUAAUCAUACAAACCACUCAAGACGAACCUACCGUAUACCUGUAUACAGCCGCAUCAUCCCACAUACCCCCGUCUUCGACCUCGUCUUCCUCAACGGCUCUCGCAUCUUCGCAUUUCCCACACCCACCCGCCAUAAUAACCCUAUCCCCACAAAUCACCAAACCAGCUGGUUCAUUACCACCCCGCUGGACAAUAUCCUGGCUUUUCACUCCACCAGACAAGAAACCAGCGUUCAUCUUUGCCCAUCAACAAGCACACGUACUGGUGUGGCCGGAGGGCAAAGACAAGAUUCUGCGCUUUGAGCGUGAUGAUGAGGAUGAGCAAGGGGAUUCAGAUGAUAGUCUAUUCGAUAUUCUUACAGGGCGGACACCGAUACCUGAGCUGAGUGUGAGUAGAAUCGAGGCUGAGGCGGACGAGGACAUGGAGGGGGAACAAGUAGAAGAGGAUGGACUGGGGUAUGGAGAUAGUGUGGGGACAGUGCAGGGGUUGGAUGAUACGUUUAGAGGGAAGAGGAGGCAGGAGUAUACGAAUGAUGGUGAGGAAACGGAAGGCAGGGACCAGAGUCUUUACGAAGAAGGAGUGUUGGGCGAGAGUGGUAUGAGUGAGAUGUUUUGA